UUACUUGGCCAAGACAGGAAUAAGCUUAUAACCAUGGAUAUAUUAAGGAAAUGCAAUAAAACACGGUUAAGUCUCUGACGUUAGCAGUCGUGUCCCUUCUAGCUAAAAUAAACGAGUAACAUGAUAUAUGUUAGUGUUAGAGAACUGUGAAGCUUGAUACACCUUUGCCCUUUAACAUCCCCAAACACACGCGUUAGCUAAUUCUCAGCUUGGCACUUCUCAGUUUCCUUGUAUUAUUUGAGCUAAAUACAAAUAAUAGAAACAUGAAGGUGUGUGUGUGUUUAAGCCAUUUGGGGUCUCUAAUAUGGCAGGCAGACGGGCUCUAAAAGCUGUGCUCAUCGACCUGAGUGGAACAGUGCAUGUAGAGGAUGCAGCAGUGCCAGGAGCGCAGGACGCCCUGAACAAGUUACGGCAAGCAUCCAUAGCUGUGAAGUUUGUGACUAACACAACAAAGGAGAGUAAGAGGGAGUUACUGGAACGACUGCAGCGUCUCAACUUUGACCUCCAGGAUAAAGAGAUCUUUACUUCUCUGAGUGCAGCAAGGAGUCUGCUGGAGCAGAAGCAACACAGGCCACUGCUGCUGCUGGAGGACAGCGCACUGGAGGACUUCACUGGUAUCGAUACAUCAGAGCCAAAUGCCGUUGUCAUUGGACUCGCUCCUGAUCACUUCAACUAUCAAACACUAAACAAGGCUUUCAGAAUGGUUCUGGAUGGAGCGCCCCUCAUUGCCAUCCAUAAAGCUCGCUACUAUAAACGUAAGGAUGGUUUGGCCCUCGGGCCCGGGCCCUUUGUGACAGGACUGGAGUACGCCACAGACUGUAAAGCUACUGUGGUGGGAAAACCUGAAAAAACUUUUUUCACACAGGCUCUGUCUGAUUUGGGAUGUAGCCCCAGUGAAGCUGUCAUGAUAGGAGAUGAUGCAAGAGAUGAUGUGGGUGGGGCUCAGAACGCAGGAAUGUUGGGUAUUUUAGUCAGAACUGGUAAAUACAGAGAAGGAGAUGAGAAUAAAAUCAACCCUCCUCCCCACCUGAUAUGUGACAGCUUCUCACAUGCUGUCGAACACAUCUUGAAGAACCUGCUGUAAGAUACAAGCUGUGUAUCUGUCCAUCAAGUUUCGGGCCGAGGGCUUGGUGUGAGCGAUGACGUCCAGGAAGUCUGCUGUUGUUACAGUUCCCAGCUGAAUCGCAGGCAGGUCAGUCUCUUCUGUGGAGGAGAAUCACAGCGAGGCUUAUUCAGGAACUUAUGGCUGUUGUGGGGGUUGAUCUUUUUAU